GAGGUAAUCAUGGCUAGAGGGUCGCUCUCUGCGUGUGGAUCUCAAUCUACGCGUCCCAUCCUAGAUGCAAACCCAAGUACUACUAUAAUAUAAAUGUACUUGCGUGUUGUGUAUAAUAUAAUUAUAUUUACUUUUCUUUUUUAUUUUUCCUUGGUUGACCAGGCGAUUGCGCUUCUUCUUUUUUUUUCUUCUUCCUCUUGAUACUAACUCUUUGCAAUCAAGCCUUAUUGAAAAAAUGGACACAUCUCUAUACGAACCACCAAUAACACCAUCCUCCACGUUCACGUUGGAGGACGUUUUGAAGAACAAUACCAGCCUGGCAUUCAACAAUUUUUACUUGUAUUUACAACAAACCUACUGUACGGAAAAUUUGGAAUUUUGGCUGGCUGUUCAACGCUACAAGCAUUGUAUUGUCGUCUUUUUUGACGAGCGAAAAUGCAACCAACAGGCCCUGGCAUAUUAUGAAGAUAACGAGUGGAUACCUAAACCAGUGGAUGUAGACCCUACUAUAAAGUUAAAAAAUGACCAGGAAAUCCACUUGACUGAAUCAGAGGCUAGCCUGUUACCGCAAUCUCAAACCGUCUACUUCAACUUGCUCCGUCAAAAGUUGAGUCAAAUCCUCACCACGUUCAUCUGUGUCAAUGCUCCUCAGGAAAUCAAUAUACCCUGCGACAUGAGAGAAGAAAUAUUAUACCACGUUCGCUCCGGCAACCUUCACCCCAUGAUUUUCAAUCCGGCGUGUGAAGCUGUAUUAGAAUUGAUGCGGGUGAACUCGUUUAUUCCUUGGCUGAGCGAUAUCGUUGCUCGCGAGCAAGAGCAACAAAAGAAGAAACGCAACAAGGAGGCUAGAGAAGCUAAUCGAUUGAGUAUUAGCAGUUUUCGUCUUCGACGCUUGCGUAGCUUCUCAUCAUUUGAUUCAGCAAGCACGUUCUCUAAAGGGGAGGAUGAUCGUAAACAACGCCAUAAACGAAUGUUUCAAAUCAUUCAACGUAUAUCACGUACAUUAGGAUUGGCAUCCAAAACCACCAAUCGUCCCAUUGGUCUAAACCCUCCUUCAUUUGAAAGCACUCUCUUGUUGGCUCCCUUGUCUCUGGCUGCGUCGACGCCGCCACAGACGCCAGUAUCUGGGGAUCGUCGCUCCUCUUGGAUUUGGAAGCGAUAGAUUGUCACCCCACCUCCUG